AGAGAGGGCGUCACUUCCGCCGAAUCCCUGACCUGCUGCUAGGAUCGCGACGGGAACUGGAACCUGAGGUCCCCGCGCGGUCCGGGCCUGGCGCCCUGAGGGGAAGAGCGGCCCGGCCCAGGUGAGAGGGACUUACUUAAGCGUAGGGAAGUGGAACGCAAGAACCUGCCCUGAGGCCAUGACAGACGGGAUCCUAGGGAAGGCAGCAACAAUGGAGAUCCCCAUCCAUGGGAAUGGCGAGGCUGGGCAGCUUCCUGAAGAUGACGGGCUGGAGCAGGACCUUCAGCAGGUGAUGGUAUCAGGACCCAACCUCAAUGAAACCAGCAUUGUGUCUGGUGGCUAUGGGGGCUCUGGUGAUGGACUCAUCCCCACAGGGUCUGGCCGCCAUCCAUCUCACAGUACCACUCCUGCUGGCGCUGGAGAUGAGGUGGCUCGGGGCAUCGCUGGAGAGAAGUUUGACAUUGUCAAGAAAUGGGGCAUCAACACAUAUAAGUGCACAAAACAGCUGUUAUCAGAGCGAUUUGGCCGAGGCUCUCGAACUGUGGAUCUGGAGCUAGAGCUGCAGAUUGAGUUGCUGCGUGAGACGAAGCGCAAGUAUGAAAGUGUCCUGCAGCUGGGCCGGGCACUGACAGCCCACCUCUACAGCCUGCUGCAGACCCAGCAUGCACUAGGUGAUGCCUUUGCUGACCUCAGCCAGAAGUCCCCAGAGCUUCAGGAAGAAUUUGGUUACAACGCAGAGACACAGAAGUUGCUGUGCAAGAAUGGGGAGACGCUGCUAGGGGCUGUGAACUUCUUUGUUUCUAGCAUCAACACAUUGGUCACCAAGACCAUGGAAGACACGCUCAUGACUGUCAAGCAGUAUGAAGCUGCCAGGCUGGAAUAUGAUGCCUACCGAACAGACUUAGAGGAGCUGAGCCUAGGUCCCCGAGAUGCAGGGACACGUGGUCGACUUGAGAGUGCCCAGGCUACAUUCCAGGCCCAUCGGGACAAGUAUGAGAAGCUUCGAGGAGAUGUGGCCAUCAAGCUCAAGUUCCUGGAAGAAAACAAGAUCAAGGUGAUGCACAAGCAGCUGCUGCUCUUCCACAAUGCCGUGUCCGCCUACUUUGCUGGGAACCAGAAGCAACUGGAGCAGACCUUGCAGCAGUUCAACAUCAAGCUGCGGCCUCCAGGAGCUGAGAAGCCUUCCUGGCUAGAGGAGCAGUGAGCUGCUCCCAGCCCAACUUGGCUUUCAAGAAGGACAUUGGGAGGGGCAGCCCCAGGGUGGAGGAGUUUGGACGACAUGGGACAUUCCUUGCCAUUUACCUUCUGGCUUGGACUCCCUUUCUCUGCUGGGGCCUGACACCAAUUUUGCCCAUACUGCUGUGGUGUGAAGAGGGCCACACCUCUUCUGAAGAAGCUGCUGCCCUAUCCUUUAUCUUCUUGGCCACUGGGCAUCAUUCCCAGAUUUUUUUCCUUCCACUCCACAGCCAAAGGCUAUGACAAAACUACUCCCCGGCCAAUGGCAUCACUCCUCCGGCCAAUGGCACCACUCCUCGGGCCAAUCCCCAGUUCCUGGGGUAUGCCCCCUGACCAAUGACAGGGUCUCAGAAGACCUUGUCAGCCAAUGGCAGCUCUUCUUGCGCUCCCCUGGGCCAAUGAUGUUGCCUCCAAUACUCUUUGUCCCUCCUCUGUGCGUGUCCAUUGCAGUGAAGGGGACUGGAUCAAAGGAAUGGGGAUAUUGGGGAGCCCCAUUUCUGACCCUACAUCUGAUUGGGUCUCCCCUUGCCCACUCACCCAAUUGUGCUUGGAGCCCAGGAAGACUGGGGUCUAGCACUAGGAAUAAACCUUUCAUAAAAGCA